AUGAGUAAAGAGUUUAAAGGAGGAAUGAAAGAAGCCUUUGAAAUUACUGAUCUUGGAAAAAUGUCUUAUUUCCUUGGUAUGCAGGUGCAACAAGAUAGAGGUGAAGUCUUUGUAAGUCAAGAAAAAUAUGCAAAGGAAAUUCUUAGAAAGUUCAAGAUGGAGGAAUGCAAGCCAAUUGCAACGCUAAUGAAUCAAAAGGAGAAAUUCAGCAAUAAAGAUGGAGCUGAAAAGGUUGAUGAAAAACUGUACAGAAGCUUAAUAGGAUGUCUGGUGUAUUUGACUGCAACCAGGCCAGACAUUACCUAUGUAGUAAACUUGUUGUCACAAUAUAUGCACUGUGCUAGUGAGAUUCAUUUUAAGGCAACUAAAAGAAUCCUGAGAUAUAUCAAGGGUACUAUUGGUUAUGGAGUGAAGUUUUAG